GAGCCACCGCAAGCGCUCACCGGCGUGGGCUGAGGUCCUGUACUGUGGCCAGCUUUGGAGCAGCAGUUACUUGGGGACCACAGUGGAGUGAGGGGACCUUGGAGGAAUCCCCAAGGCAAGGAAGUAAGAUGAACCUCCUCACCCAGGUAAAGGGGGAGACAGCGGGGAGGGCACCCAGGCAGUCCCUCCCCUCCACCAUGGCACCUGGCGCCCAUGGACCCCACAGCUGGGACCUGCCCGGUGCUGAGUCUGGGAGUUCUGGGGGUUGGGGGGUAUUGGGACAUUGCCCUGGGCUAUGAAUGGGUGCUGGUAGGCGUGGGUGCUGGCAAGGGUGGGUGCUAGCAUGGGGGCAUGCUAGCAGGGAUGGGUGCUAACAAAGGGAUGGGUGCCAGCAGGAAUGAGUGAUAGCAGGGAUGGGUACCAGCAGGGGAUGGGUGCCAGCAGAGGAUGAGUGUUAGCAACGGAUGGGUCCCAGGCUCGCUCUGCCCCCUCUCCCCACAGGUGAGCACCCUGGUGCAGACCCUGCAAGCCCUGGAUGGGUCAUUCCUCCAGCCCCAGCGCUGGCUGGGCUCCUGGGUGAGCAGCUCCAGGCAGGCGGUGGCUGGGGCAGUGAGCACGGCAGCGUUCUUCCUCUGUGAGGGGCUGCUAGGCCAGCAUUUCAACGCGGUCCCUGAUGGAGUGGCCAAGCCCCAGCCUGGGGACCUCUUCCUCUUCCCACUGGCCUCGGGGGGUCCUGCCUGGUGUGGCGCCCACGCUGGCAUCUACUGCGGUGAUGGGGAGAUCAUCCACCUGGAAGGCAGCUCAGGGACAUCCCCAUUGGGGAUCGUGGCCAAGCACAGCAAGAACCACCUCCUGCGGACACGGGGUCCAGCCAAGGUGCUGCGGAGGAAGGAAGGGCUGGAUGUGGCCGCCCUGCAGAAGCGGAUUCGAGUGGCCAUGGACCAGGCAAUGGAGUACAACGCUGUCACUUGCAACUGUGUCCACUUUGCCCUCUCUCUUCUGGGGUUGGGCCAGAUAGCCAGCACCAUGGUGUCCCCAGCACUGCAGUGAUGGAGGCGGUGAUGUGCCUGGAGAUGCAGGGGGCUGGAGCCUCCUUCCCUGGGGCACCAGAGCUGUGCCAGCGGCUUUGGCCUCCCUCUUGCAUGGCAAUAAACAGGUGCACGGACAGCCUGUGGCCCCCCUGCUUGAUUUGUGUUUUCUGCUUUUGCUUUCCUUUUCCCAGAACCUGCUGGUGAGCAAUGCCCUGCCUUGGCACAUCUCAAAGUGAGUGGCCACUCUUUGCUCCCCAUGGCCUCCUGAGACAGAUGCCUCUCUUGUUGCUGUCAUUUGAUUUUAAGCAUCAAAAUAAA